GUAUGUGUGUGUGCGUGUGUGUGUGUGUGUGUGUGUGUGUGUGUGUGUGUGUGUGUUGGGGAGUGUCCAGUGGAGAGAGUGGCACUGUUUAGGGGAAGUGAGGUGUGGUACAGCACCCUCAGGAUGGGGCCCAAAUGGGAUGGAGGCUCACGGAGAGGCCCUGGCAAGUGCAUGAACUGGGCUUCAAGGUUACCAGUGUUGGAGGUCGCAGUAAGAGACCAGGGGCCAAGGCUUUGGAGCAGGACACUGGCGCUGAGAGAGUAGUCUAUGCACUUAUGCAGGGACAACUGACUCGUGAAGGGCCACAGGAUCCAGCACCCACUUUUUGAAUGAAUUGGAUUAGAGAGAGUAGGCUAGGUAGAGAUGAGACUCAGGCAGGUGGGUGGGAGCUCCAGCGAAGGUCCUGGACUUGGUAGGCUCAGCAAGGAAGGGGUUGGAGAGUGGCCUUAGGUUCUGGGGACUUGUAGGGACAGGACUGCAAAAAUGGAUGGUUGGGUGGAGGUUUGGUGAUGUACACACCACUCUGGAACUGUGAUGCAAGUGUUUGGGAACUUUGAGAGACCAGAGACUUUAGAGAAGGGCUUGGUCAGAGACAGGGACAUGAGCUGAGCUAGAGGACAAGCUUGGCCAGGAGCAGGGUCAAGACAGGACAGAGAGGAGGAAGUCUCAGGGGGCCCCAAUAGGGUCUUUGUAAGGCUCAGACUGCCCCAGGACUGGGAAGUGAGGGGCUCCAUGGACUAGGGGGAGGAAGGAGGUGAUUGUGGUUUCCAUUGCACCAGGACUGAGAUCUCACCACCUGGGGCACGAACUCUGCCAGAGGGAAGAAAUGGCAGGUGGGCUUAACAGGCCCAGAGGUGGCGAGGUGGGUGGGGGCUCUGAAGACAGCAGCUCCUGGGAAGAGAGAAGAGCAGGAGUAAGGGGCAUCUCUCCUGAGGAGAGAGGCCCAGGGCCACGGCCAGUGCCCAGCCCUGCUGGGAGCCCCGGCCAGCACCACGGACGGCGCCCAGGAAGCCCGUGUCCCCCUGGACGGGGCCUUCUGGAUCCCGAGGCCCCCAGCAGGUUCACCCAAGGGCUGUUUUGCCUGUGUGUCCAAGCCCCCCGCUUUGCAGGCUCCAGCGGCCCCUGCCCCUGAGGCCUCGGCCUCACCUCCCAUGGCUCCCACUCUGUUCCCCAUGGAAUCCAAGAGCAGCAAGACCGACAGUGUGCGGGCGACCGGUGCCCCUCAGGCUUGCAAGCACUUAGCCGAAAAGAAGACCAUGACAAACCCCACAACAGUCAUCGAGGUCUACCCGGACACCACCGAGGUGAACGACUACUACCUGUGGUCCAUCUUCAACUUCGUCUACCUCAACUUCUGCUGCCUGGGCUUUAUCGCAUUGGCCUACUCCCUCAAAGUUCGGGACAAGAAGCUCCUUAAUGACCUGAAUGGGGCAGUGGAAGAUGCCAAAACAGCUCGGCUGUUCAACAUCACCAGCUCGGCGCUGGCAGCCUCCUGCAUCAUCCUGGUCUUCAUCUUCCUGCGGUACCCACUCACUGACUACUGACCCCAUGGGCGCCAGGGCCGUGAGAAUGAAGCACUGAGACUUCCCUGUCAGAGUGUGGUCGCUGAGGUGCAGGAUGCCCUGAGGGUGAGGCAGAUCGAGGCUCCCUCUGGGCCUCAGAGGCCGUGAGUAACCCAGAAUGAGGCUGCUGAAACUGAGCGCCCAAAGAGCAGAGAGCUCCAUCCAGUCCCUGUCUGCCUCUUGGCCCUCCACCCUGCCUGUCUCUGGGCCCCAGCUUCUUCCCUACUGCUGCCCCGGCUUCCAUAUGCCCUGCCUAGGCUCCGGGGCCUGCAGACCCCCCAGCAAGAAGGGCUUAUGUGGGAGCUCCCGAGAUGGGGGACUGCCAGCACCUGGGGCUCACUCUUUCCUGACCCCGCCUCCUCCAAGCUGUGACCUGCUCAGAGUACUUAUACCUGUGAACUUUCAAUAAAAUACCUACCCUGCU